AAGCUCAGAAGAAGAAAUUGCCAAUUUGUAUAGUCAUUCUACGAGACGACGAUACGGCAAACAUUUUGUUAGAAAAGUUAUAAAUUUAUAUACUUACACAAAAUUAAAUAUUCUUAAAUAUGCCUGACUAUUUGGGAGACGAUCAGCGCAAAGUAAAGCACGAAGAAAAGGAGGAAAAAGAAAUAAAAUCUCUGGAUGAAGGUGAUAUCGAGUUGUUGAAAACCUAUGGCCAGAGUCAAUAUCACAAAGCAAUUAAAAUCAUCGAGGAAGAUAUACAAAAGGCUGUAAAACAAGUCAAUGAGUUGACUGGCAUAAAGGAGAGUGACACUGGAUUGGCACCUCCAGCACUUUGGGAUUUGGCAGCCGACAAGCAAAUUCUCCAAAAUGAACAACCCCUUCAGGUGGCAAGAUGCACAAAAAUUAUCAAUGCCGACUCCGAUGAUCCCAAAUACAUCAUCAAUGUUAAACAGUUUGCUAAAUUUGUUGUAGACUUGGCCGAUUCAGUGGCCCCAACAGACAUCGAAGAGGGCAUGAGGGUUGGCGUAGAUCGUAAUAAGUAUCAAAUACAUAUUCCCUUGCCACCCAAAAUUGAUCCCACAGUAACAAUGAUGCAAGUUGAAGAUAAACCUGAUGUCACCUACAGUGAUGUGGGUGGCUGCAAGGAACAAAUUGAAAAGCUGAGAGAGGUAGUGGAAACACCUCUGCUACAUCCUGAGAAAUUUGUCAACUUGGGUAUUGAACCACCAAAGGGUGUUUUGUUGUUCGGUCCUCCUGGCACCGGAAAAACAUUGUGCGCCCGUGCUGUAGCCAAUCGCACAGAUGCCUGCUUCAUUCGUGUCAUCGGCUCUGAACUGGUACAGAAAUAUGUAGGUGAAGGUGCCCGUAUGGUUCGUGAAUUGUUCGAGAUGGCCCGUUCCAAAAAAGCUUGUCUUAUCUUCUUCGAUGAAAUUGAUGCCAUUGGUGGUGCACGCUUUGAUGAUGGUGCUGGCGGCGACAAUGAAGUCCAACGUACUAUGUUGGAACUUAUUAAUCAAUUGGAUGGUUUCGACCCCAGAGGCAAUAUCAAAGUUUUGAUGGCCACCAACAGACCAGACACCCUUGAUCCUGCCCUUAUGCGUCCUGGACGUUUGGAUCGUAAAGUUGAAUUCGGUCUGCCCGAUUUGGAGGGACGUUCUCACAUCUUUAAGAUUCAUGCCCGUUCCAUGUCCGUUGAGCGAGACAUACGUUUCGAGUUGUUGGCUCGUCUAUGCCCCAACUCGACGGGUGCUGAAAUUCGAUCGGUAUGCACAGAAGCUGGCAUGUUUGCAAUCAGAGCUCGCCGUAAGGUGGCUACAGAGAAAGACUUUUUAGAGGCUGUCAAUAAGGUCAUUAAGAGCUACGCCAAAUUCAGUGCUACUCCACGUUACAUGACCUAUAACUAAAACAUUCAUCGUCUGGUAUCAUCAUUUAAAAGAUUUAUUAUUUUCUAUCUCUAUUUUGAACUUAGUUUUAACAAAAUGUAUCUUAUUUGAGAAGCUGGGCGGAACUAAAGCUCAGUACUAUUUACGAAAUACGAAAUUUCUUAAGGAUUUAAUAAAAGCUAUAAGAAAUAU